AGUCGCUCACCGUUUUUGAUUUCUUUUUCUAUUACACCCCGUUCUUCACAUAUUUAAAAGCUACCGAAUAAACUUCCUCUCUGCCAUGUCCUCCGAGCUUUUCCACGGUAUGGCGGCCGCGUUCAAGAAGCAUGGGCGUCAUGCCAACUACUCCUUCGCCCCCAAGCUGAACCACCCGGCGCCCGAGUUCAACGAGAUGGCGCUGAUGCCCAACGGCACCUUCAAGAAGAUCAGUCUCGCGUCCUACAAGGGCAAGUGGGUCGUGCUGUUCUUCUACCCGAUGGACUUCACCUUCGUGUGCCCGACGGAGAUCAUCCAGUUCUCUGAAAACGCGAAGCGCUUUGCGGAGCUGAACACGGAGGUGAUCGCGUGCUCCUGCGACAGCGAGUACAGCCACCUGCAGUGGACGUCCGUGGAUCGCAAGAAGGGCGGCCUCGGCACGAUGGAGAUUCCGAUACUGGCGGACAAGACCAAGUCGAUCGCCCGCGCCUACGGUGUGCUGAAAGAGGAUGACGGCGUUGCGUACCGCGGUGUCUUCAUCAUCGACCCCACCGGCAAGCUGCGCCAGAUCACGAUCAACGACAUGCCUGUUGGCCGCAACGUGGAGGAGGUUGUGCGCCUGGUGGAGGCCCUGCAGUUCGUGGAGAAGCACGGCGAGGUGUGCCCGGCGAACUGGAAGCCCGGCAGCGCCACGAUGAAGCCGGACCCGAAGGAGUCCGUGUCGGGCUACUUCAGCAAGCUGUAGUCGUCUCUCAAAACAAAGGAUCAAAACUAGUAGACGGCCGAACUGGAAGCUGCGGUAGAACGAUUCUUAUUUAUUUGUUUUGUUUUCCUUUCUUUUCUGUUGUUGCUCUUACCGCCUCCCUGCACUCGUGCAGCGUCGUCUCGUGGUGACUGCAAUCUAGAGGCCCGAAAUACAGUUGUGUGUCCAUUGGCUCAUCUUAUGUUUGUUUCUUCAUUAUUAUUUUUUUUAUCAAAAACUGAAUCCCUCCCACACACACUCAUUUCUUCUUACUUUGAUUUCGUCAGUAUGUUAAAAGGAAAAAGAUAAUAGGCACGAGAGUGUUUCUCCUGAUCUUCUCCGUCUAAUACCCGCAUAUGCUCGAAGUUUCCUUGGUUUCUAUUUGGACCUUCCCCUUUAGUUUUACUUUCGUUGAUGCCUGAGCUCGGCUGUCGAGGUCGGCGCGAUCGACGAUGCGUAGGAAGAGGAGAGGCGCCCCAGUGAGAGAGAGAGAGAGAGCAAGGGGGAAAAGGCGCAUCGGCAAACCCCCUCCUGCGAAGUAAAACGACGCCUGAACAGGCGUGAUGAUCAUUUGUGCCUGCUGGUGUGCGUUUGACACGCAGCACAAGGUGCGUCACAAGGCAGAGGGCCAGGACUUCCGGCACGACUUCAGCGAGUCGCGUGUCUCGGUCCGUCGUCGCGCCUGCGUCGUCGUCUUUUUUCUUUUCUUUUCGCUUGACGCGGGGUUUAUUGGUGUGCACUCCCCCCUCUUACUCGUACUUAGGUU